AUGCUAAAUGAAGAUGCACCAGACGACGAUGUACCGAACGUCGAUUUUUCCGACGACGAUGUUCGGGACGGCGAUGUUCGGGAUGACGAUUUUCCCGACGACGAUGUUCGGGACGACGAUGCCCCGGACGAUGAUGUCACGGACGACGAUGUUCCGGAUGACGUUGUCCCGGAUGUCGAUGUCCCGGAUGUCGAUGUCCCGGAUGUCGAUGUCCCGGAUGUCGAUGUCCCGGAUGUCGACGUCCCAGACGACGAUGUCCCGGAUGUCGACGUCUUAGACGACGAUGUCCCGGAUGUCGACGUCCCAGACGACGAUGUCCCGGAUGUCGACGUCCCGGAUGUCGACGUCCCAGACGACGAUGUCCCGGACGACGACUUCACCAACAAGCCGAGUCAAAGGCAACAAAUUUUGUGUGCACUAAGAUCUAAAUAG